UAAACAAAAACACUCGCCGGUUUUUCUUUUUUUGAUCGAAAAAUAUGAAAAUGAAUUGAACUUUCGUGUAUUUAAUGGAGAAAUUAAUAAAAUAACGUAGUAUUUUUCUAUAUAUUGGAUUUCAAACAUGUCUGAAAUAUUAGUCACACCUCUCGGAGCAGGCCAAGAUGUAGGCCGAAGUUGUAUCAUCGUGACGAUGGAAGGCAGAAGAAUAAUGUUGGAUUGUGGAAUCCACAUGGGUAUUCAAGAUGAAACAAAAUUUCCCGACUUCAGUUUCAUUACAGCGGACGAGCCAAUCUCCAAGUACAUAGAUUGCGUAUUGAUAUCUCAUUUCCAUCUGGAUCAUUGCGGUUCGUUACCUUAUUUGACAGAAAUGGUCGGUUACAAUGGUCCGAUCUACAUGUCUCAACCUACCAAAGCCAUAGCUCCUUUACUGCUCGAAGAUAUGCGGAAAAAUUCAGUCGAGAGGAAAGGUGAAAUUAAUUUCUUCACGGCGCAGAUGAUCAAAGACUGUAUGAAGAAAGUGAUUACCGUCAAUUUACACCAGAAUAUAAAAGUGAACAACGAUAUUGAAAUAAAAGCUUACUACGCCGGUCACGUAAUUGGCGCUGUCAUGUUCUACAUCAAAGUAGGAUCACAGUCGAUAGUGUAUACGGGAGAUUACAACAUGACUCCUGAUCGUCACCUGGGCGCAGCCUGGAUCGAUAAAUGUCGUCCGGAUGUCUUAAUCACCGAAUCAACUUACGCUACCACGAUUCGAGACUCAAAACGAUGCAGAGAACGUGAUUUUUUGAAAAAAGUCCACGAAUGCGUGGAACGAGGUGGUAAAGUACUUAUACCAGUGUUCGCCUUGGGUCGAGCUCAAGAAAUCUGUAUCUUAUUAGAAACCUAUUGGGAACGAAUGGAUUUAAAAGUGCCAGUCUUCUUCGCAGCUGGUUUAACAGAAAAAGCAAACAAUUAUUACAAAAUGUUUAUCACGUGGACCAAUCAGAAAAUCAAGAAGACGUUCGUGCAUCGUAACAUGUUCGAUUUCAAACACAUCAAACCGUUUGAAAAAUCAUACCUGAAUAAUCCAGGACCGAUGGUUGUAUUAGCUAGUCCCGGUAUGUUACACGGUGGCAUGUCGUUGUAUAUUUUCAAGAAAUGGGCCAACAAUGAGAACAACAUGCUCAUCAUGCCGGGUUUCUGCGUCCAAGGUACAGUCGGUUAUAAAGUUUUACAAGGAGCUAAGAAAAUCGAAUUCGACAAACAAGUCGUAGAGAUUAAAAUCAACAUCGAAUACAUGUCGUUUUCGGCUCACGCUGAUGCCAAAGGUAUUAUGCGGCUUAUACAGUACUGCGAACCUCGAAACGUCUUACUAGUCCAUGGUGAAGCUACGAAGAUGGAAUUUCUCAAGAAAAAAAUCAAAGAAGAAUGUAAUCUCGAAUGCUAUAUGCCAGCUAAUGGUGAAACUUGUAUCAUCGAAGUUAAACAUCCGGUGCCUAUCGAUGUUGUUUCUAGUCUACUUAAAAACGAAGCUCUCAAGUACAACGCUUUGGGACCUGUUGCUAAAAGACCUCGUAUUAUUCACGGUGUCCUGGUCAUGAAUAAAGAUACGAUGACUUUGAUGGAUGUAGACGACGCUUGUAAAGAAGUUGGAAUCAAACCUCAUAUUAUUAGAUUUACCUCGACAGUCAAACUACAAGAUCCUGGCCCGUGUUCGAAAACCUGCGAAAAAAUUUUAAAACUGCUCAAAGAUAAAUUAGAAGGAUGGAACGUCCAAGUAACCGAAACUUCCAUAUCUGUUGAAUCUGUACUCGUUAAAGUUGGCGGUGAAGACGAACAAAAAUCUGUUUACGUAUCGUGGACCAAUCAAGACGAAUUACUAGGUUCCACUAUUUUAGACAUGCUGCAAAAUAUUGGCUAAAUGAUUCAAACAACGAUGGAGAACGCCGGAUUUCAAAACAGCGAAGUCAUCGAAAUGCAGCAAUCCAACGAUCAUAAGAAAUGUAUACCGUUUUCCUCAUCGGCUCAAAAUAAUAAUAAAGUAGAUUCGCGUUAUUACUGCGAUACGGAUAAAUGCUGCGCUACCCAGAAUAAAACCGAAGGUCCGUGGCAUAGUUUGAAGACGACGUUUUUAUUGAUAUUUUUGAUCGGAUUCUUGGUAUGGGCCGUUGGCUACUUUUGCCUGCUCCAUAAUCAGAUAAUUUAAAUUCAUCUUAUUAUAAUACCGCGCGGCGUAGCGUGGCUGUGAUUCGGUGGUUAUAUCGGUUUUAUUAUCGCGGAUAUGCGAAUGCGUUGUAUUUUUUUUUUUUUUUUUGGUUUGUAACCGCAAAAUAUGAUGAUAAUAUGAAUGUGUGAAAUGAAAUGGUCAUCUUUCUCAUAAGUACUAUAGAUAAUUUAUACGGAUAUGGUAAUGAUUUAUUAUGUUGUUACCCGGAGCAAGUUUGGAGUGUGAAUUUUUAUUUUUUUUAAAAAAUGAAUUUUUCUCGUUGCGUAAUUUUUUCUUACUUUUUUGUACAUAGCUAUUUUAUUUUUCCAUGUUCCGGAUUAUUAUUAAUUUUUUUCUCUUUUUUUUGCGAAUUUAUUAUUGUCAUUGAUGUCUAGUAUUUUUAUUGAAAUUAAUUUUUUUUUGUAUUGUUGAAAAUAAAUUUGUACGUGUAUAUUUAA